CGUACGCUCCGCCCGGUGGGCGGGGCGGACGUGACGUGUUUUCCCGCGGUUUGAGUGGUCGCUGUUGGGAGCCGGUUUGUCCGUUUCUCGUCUUCCCUCUGCGGUGCACGUUUAAACUUCGGACCCAACAGUUGCGGCUCCGCGCGCCCUUGCGCGCGCCCGACCGACAUGCCGCCCAAGCCCCCCCGGAAGGGGGGAGCCGCCGCCAAGGGAGGCGGUACCCCGCCACCUCCGUCUGCCGCUGCCGCCAGGCUUGAGUUUGGAGAAACUGGCUUUAUUGCACUGUGUGACACACUAAGAGUAUCAGACAUUGUGAGAACAAAUGCUUGGAAGAUGUAUGAAAAAAUGUCCCCUACUGAUGGAACUUUAGUGAGUUGUAGUGAAAAGAAAAAGGACAUGUGGGGGAUCUGUAUCUUUACUGCAGCAGUUGACCUGGAUGAGAUGACAUUCACUUUUACAGAGCUUCUGAAAAGUAUAGGCAUGAGUAUAUGUACAUGUUUUCAUUUGUUGAGAGAGAUGGACGUUAACAUGGAUACCAUAAGCACUAAAGUUGAUAGUUAUGUAUCACGAUUGAGGAAGAAGUAUGAUGUAUUAUUUGCACUAUAUCACAAGUUUGAAAGCACUUGUGGACUUAUCUACGUUGCACAACCCAGUAGUCAGACUGCUACUGAAUUGAGUUUCCCAUUGAUUCUGAAAACUUCCUGGAUAACUUUUUUGUUGGCAAAAGGAAAAGUAUUGCAGAUGGAAGAUGACCUGGUGAUCUCUUUCCAGUUACUGCUAUGUGUCCUUGAAUAUUUUAUCAAACUUUCACCCCCAGCAAUGCUCAAGGAGCCAUACAAAUCUGCUGUGAAUGCAUUGUCUAUUAAUGGUUCAACUCGAGCUCCAAGGCGAGGUCAAAACAGGACUACACGUACCUCAAGACAAACUGACAUUGACACAAAAGUUAUUGAAGUCCUUUGUAAAGAGCAUGAUUGUAAUUUAGAUGAGGUAAAAAAUGUAUAUUUCACAAACUUUAUUCCGUUCUUGAAUUCUGUUGGUGCUGUAACUUCAAAUGGACUCCCAGAGGUUGAGGAUCUCUCCAGACAAUAUGAAGAGCUUUACCUGAAAAAUAAAGAUAUAGAUGCACGAUUAUUUCUGGAUCAUGAUGAAACUUUACAGCUUCAUCACAUAGAAAGUUCACAGUUGGAGCGAACACCAAGGAAAAACAACCCAGAUGAAGAGCUUAAUUUUAUACUUCCACAGACUCCAGUUCGGGCUGCAAUGAAUACUAUCCAGCAGUUAAUGAUGAUUUUAAAUUCAGCAAGUGAUAAACCAUCAGAUAAUCUCAUCUCCUAUUUUAAUAAUUGUACAGUGAAUCCUAAAGAAAGUAUUCUGGCAAGAGUGGAAAACCUUGGGAACAUCUUCAAAGAGAAAUUUGCUGAAGCAGUUGGACAGGGAUGUGCUGAAAUUGGCUCACAGAGAUAUAUGCUUGGUGUAAGACUAUAUUACAGAGUAAUGGAAUCCAUGUUAAAGUCGGAGGAAGAGCGCUUGUCAGUUCACAAUUUUAGCAAACUCCUGAACAAUAAUAUCUUCCACACAUCUCUUCUGGCCUGUGCUGUUGAAGUUGUCAUGGCUACAUAUGGCAGGAAUGCUUCACAAAAUGAUGGCAUCAAUACUGAAACAAAUUUGUCUUUCCCAUGGAUUCUCAAUGUACUAGAUUUAAAAGCCUUUGACUUCUACAAGGUGAUUGAAAGCUUUAUUAAAGCAGAAGCAAACUUGACAAGAGAAAUGAUAAAACAUCUAGAACGCUGUGAACAUCGAAUUAUGGAAUCCCUUGCAUGGCAAUCAGAUUCACCUCUGUUUGAUCUUAUCAAGCAGUCCAAGGAUCGAGAAGGUCAAGCUGAUCAACCUGAGCCCACAUGUACUCUUAAUUUGCCUCUUCAGCAUAAUCACACUGCUGCAGAUCUAUAUCUUUCUCCUGUGAGAUCUCCUAAGAAGAAAGGAUCCACAGUUUCCUUAAAUCCCACUCCUGUUAUAGAUGCUCAGCCUGUUUUGGGAAUCCAAACUCAGAAACCACAGAAAUCUACCUCCCUUUCACUAUUUUACAAAAAAGUAUAUCGACUGGCAUAUCUUCGAUUAAAUACUCUAUGCUUUCGGCUUCUGUCUGAUCAUCUUGAACUAGAACACUUGAUCUGGACCCUUUUCCAGCACACAUUGCAAAAUGAGUAUGAACUUAUGAGAGACAGGCACUUAGACCAGAUCAUGAUGUGUUCCAUGUAUGGCAUAUGCAAAGUAAAAAACAUAGAUCUUAGGUUUAAAAUCAUUGUUACAGCCUACAAAGAGCUCACCAAUACAAAUCAAGAGACUUUCAAACGAGUGUUGAUCAGGGAAGGACAGUAUGACUCCAUUAUAGUCUUCUACAACUUAGUGUUUAUGCAGAAAUUGAAAACUAACAUUUUGCAAUAUGCCUCCAAUAGGCCUCCCACCUUGUCACCCAUCCCCCACAUUCCUCGAAGUCCUUAUAAGUUUUCUAAUUCUCCUCUACGUGUUCCUGCUGGAAAUAACAUCUAUAUCUCACCCUUGAAGAGUCCAUACAAAUUCUCUGAAGGACUGAUGUCACCCACAAAGAUGACUCCCAGAUCAAGAAUCCUUGUAUCAAUUGGUGAAUCAUUUGGGACUUCUGAGAAGUUUCAGAAAAUAAACCAAAUGGUGGGUAGCAGUGACCGUCCGCUGAAACGCAGUGCUGAAGUAAGCACCACCCCUAAGCCACUGAAGAGACUUCGUUUUGAUAUAGAAGGACAGGAUGAGGCAGAUGGAAGCAAACACCUACCUGGAGAGUCCAAAUUCCAGCAAAAGCUUGCAGAAAUGACAUCUACUCGAACAAGAAUGCAAAAGCAAAAACUAAAUGAUGGAACUGAUUCAUUGGCUACUGAAGAAAAAUGAUCAUCUUCUCAGGACCAUGUGAUGUACCAGCACACAUCUCUGCAUUUGCCUUUGUUUUUCAGCCACCAUGUUAGUUACGUUUUUUUAUUAUCAAUUGUUAGUUUAAAGUAUUUGGCUUUUUUUGUUUCAGUGUUUUCAUUGAUAUUAUGCCUUAUGAUGUAGCAUGUACACAGUGUAAGCCACCGAGUUUAUUAAUUUAUAUAUUUUUGUGGAUUUGGAAAAGUUUUUCAGUUUCCUACAGCAACAUUGUUCAUUUGAGUCCAAUUCAUUCUACUUAUUUUAAACUAUUAAAAAUAAAGUUAGAUAGAAUGAUUUGAAAUGCACUAAUUCUUUUGUUCAUUAGAUUUCAUUUUAAUGUUGGAAUUUUAUGCACUAUUUGCGUAUUUUGUGAAUUGGGGGCCAGAUACUGCAACGACUUAUGCCUCAGUAGAAUUACCAUGCUAAGGCCCAUUAACUAUGCAUGCAGUCAUAACUGUUGCGGGAUUAGGCCCUAACAUUUUAAGUACAACCUGCAAGCAAACAAAGUGUAAAGUAAACUCUCAUAGCCAUACUACUGAAACAAAUAGCAGAUACCUCAGAUUUUAAACAUCUUCUAGUACUUUUUUCCCCUCACAGUUUGAGUGGACAGUUACACUGCUGAUCAUCGGUUAGUCAAUUUGAACAUCAUUAAGUAUGAAUUACUCAGAAUGAUGAGUGUGUUUCAGGAACCAAUUUUUUGCGUUUUUUUUUUUUUUUUUUUUUUUUUUUGGCCAAAGUACAAAAUACUCAAAGUGUACUGUCUGAUAUUUCUGGAUCCUGAAAAAUGUACAUAAAAUAAAUUAAAUUACCACCAAGGUGGAAUUUCUUGCUGUGACCUCUAUAAAUAUUGAUUUUUUUUAAGUCAAUGAUUUUGCUUACUCCGUUUUUCCAAGAAACAGGAAUAGAACCUUAGUUAAACCCCAUGUUCCUCAAGUUGGCUUCUUAAGAAUAAAUAGCCUUGUCUUCAAAGUGGCCACCAGCUCCAGUUCCCAGUGACCUCAGUGGAUUUGCAGGUGUACACACAUUCGUAUUUAGAUCGAAUCUGACAUUUGAAGCAUUCAGGUUUGAAAAGUUUGAUCAAAGUCCUCCCUGUCUCCAUAAAAGGGCACAUCCUUUAAGACUACUUGAAUUAUUGCUAAACAAAUAGGGUGCGUCUAGACUGGCAAGAUUUUGCACAAAAGCAGCCGCUUUUGAGCAAAAUCUUGCCGCCUGUCUACACUGUC